CACACAGUAGCUCGAUAAUGACAACACCAGCGCCGAUGCCAAUAGAGACCGUGGUGGUUCACCCCUUAGUCUUGCUCAGUGUGGUGGAUCAUUACAACAGAAUUGACAAGGUCAGCAGUCAGAAACGUGUUGUUGGUAUUCUGCUGGGGUCUCGUCACAAAGGUGUUCUGGACGUGUCAAACAGUUUUGCAGUUCCUUUCGACGAGGACGAAAGAGAUCCGGAUGUGUACUUCCUGGACCACGACUACCUGGAGUCAAUGUACGCUAUGUUCAAGAAAGUCAAUGCUAAGGAGAAGAUUGUGGGAUGGUACCACACCGGACCCAAGCUGCACCCUAACGACAUAAAGAUAAACGAGAUUAUCAAGAAAUACUGCGCUGACAGUGUCCUGGUUAUUAUUGAUGCUAAACCUAAAGAUCUGGGCCUGCCUACUGAUGCUUACAUUGCUGUAGAAGAGGUACACGAUGACGGGACACCCACAACCCGUACCUUUGAUCACGUAAAGAGUGAGAUAGGAGCAGAGGAAGCAGAGGAGGUGGGAGUGGAGCACUUGUUGAGGGAUAUCAAGGAUACCACCGUCGGUACUCUCUCCCAGCAUCUCACCACUCAGGUAGUAGCACUGAAGUCCCUGCACAGUAAACUACAAGACAUCUCCGUUUAUCUUACUCAAGUAUCAGACGGUAAACUGCCCGUCAACCACCCUAUUAUCUACCAGCUACAGGACGUGUUUAACCUCCUCCCUAACCUUAAUGUUCCGGAUCUCAUGAAGGCGUUCACUGUCAAGACAAACGAUCAGAACUUGGUGAUGUACACAGCCUCAAUAAUCCGAGCAGUAAUAGCACUGCACUCUCUUAUUAACAACAAAACUACAAAUAGAGCUGCUGAGAAGGAGGGCAGCAAGAAGGUACAGAAUAUGAUUGAAGUGGAGAAAGAAGAUAAGGAAGAAAAAGAAAAGGACACGAAAGAGGAUUCCAAUAAGAAAGAGGUCAAAUCCUAAAGACUUUUUAUAAAGUUUGGUGGGUUUAUUUGACGUAGUACUGGAGGACACUCAGGCCCUGGCUGGCUAUUUGUACGACUAUUUGUAUUAGGGACCACUAAUUAAUUAGUAAUUAAUUAAUAAUUGAUUAGUAAUUGAUUAGUAAUUAAUUAGUAAACUUCCACACAUAUUUCCCUUUAUGAUUAUACAAAUAUUAAAAUAAUGUGUUACUGUAUAUCGACAUGUUGUUGUAGGGAAAUGCUCGACUCUCCGAUAAAUUUAAUUCCCUUUAUUUGAUCGUUCAUGAGCAAGGUUUUUUCUUGAGAAUUCUAAUACAUGAUAAGAAAUCAUAAAAUAGACUAAAGAAGGUGGAUUUUACCCUUCUUUAAAUUAGAAUACAUUAGAAUGAGUCCAUUGUGCUUUAAUCCAAGAUGUUAUAAAAAGCCGAUUGUCAUAAAAGAUUGAUUGAUUCGAAAUAUAAAAGAUGUCCUCUAAAUGAGUUGGUGUACGUUAAUAUUUACUUUAUUAGUAUUUGUACAUAUUCAGUUGUUGUUACAGUUGUUGUUACAAUUCAAGUUGGA